UUUGCGAACCGCCAUAUUUAUCGCUACUCACUUGUUCUCUAACGGGAACGGAGCUGAAAAACAAACCUGCUGCACACGGCGUUCGCACGUGUGUCUGCACAGACAUUAAUUUGAGCGUUUACUGUGUUGACAACGAUUAGUUAAGCCGCGAUGGCAGCGGACGAGUCUUCGUUUCCCCGAGGAGGGGCUGUGCCUGUAUCUGCAACUGCCUCCAACAAGGCCCACUUGUUUGAUCAAACGAAGACGAAGAAAAAAGUCAGUAAAAAUAAAACAAAAAAGACCAAACAUCAUCGUGCCGUAACUGGAGCUCAACCUAAGCUGUUAGCUCUUGAAGAUUUGUCUUACAGGACCCUUAAUGAGGGCAUGGUUGUAUUAGGUUGUAUCACCGAAAUUACAGACUAUUCACUGCAUGUGUCUCUGCCUGGCUUUAUUUCUGGGCGAGUUCCUGUCACUCAAAUCUCUGAACCAUAUUCACAACUAUUGCAGUCUUCUGGCCAGGAUGAUACUGAGAUUGAUGCGCUUUGCCCUUUGUCUGAGCUAUUUUACAAGGGUCAGCUUGUCACUGCUAAAGUUUGGCAGAUUCGUCAAGCCGAAGAUAUGAGACAUAAUGUUUCUUUGAGCCUAAAUCCAAAACUUGUGCAUGAAGACAUGACCCAUUCUGAUUUGGCAAAGAAAGGUAUGAUAAUCAAUGCUGCUGUGAAAAGCAAAGAAGAACAUGGUUAUGUGAUGGACUGUGGUGUGAAUGGGCUUCGAGCCUUUCUCAAGGAAGACAAAGCUCUAAAUUUCUGUAACACCUUCAAUGGAGGCCGCCCCCUUGCAAUUGGUCAGCUUGUGCGGUGCAUUGUUACCAAAGCAGGAUCUUCAUCAGCUGCUUCUAGUGUAGAACUUUCAGCGGACCCAGAGGAUAUUGCAAAUGAGGAAGAAACUGGCCAUCAGUCAGUUGCCAUGCAAGUACUCUUGCCUGGCAUGAGAUUCAAGCUCACGGUUUCUGAACCUAUCAUAGACGGAGUAGAAGUAAAGUUCCACAGUCUAUCUGGCUUCAUUCAUCGCAAUCAUAUCCCUCAGAAUUCAAAGGCUAUUGAACCUAGUCUUGAAGAGGGUUCCACUGUUUUUGGCCGUGUCCUUUACAUUACACCUCUGGUGAAAAAUGUAUAUCUUAGUGCUCUGACAAACAUCAGCAGCACUGUGAAAGAAAUCCCAAAACCUUCUCCUGCUGAAGUCCAUUUUAAAAUUGGAGACAUUGUUCCAUCUGGGCAGGUGACUGGUGUUGGAGGUAAAGGAUUAUUUUUGCGCCUUGGGAAAAAGAAUCUUAAUGUACGAGGAUUUGUCCCAGAGCGUCGCAUUGGUUUUAAUUAUAAAGGCAAAUUAGUUGAUAAUGAUGAUGAGUCCACUAUGUUGCAACGCUUAAGAACCAAAUUUCCUGUUGGGAGCUCAGUUCGUUGCCGUCUUCUCUAUUUUGAUGCAAUGAGUGCCACAUACAUCUGCAGUAUGGAAACGGCUGUAUUGGAUGAGAAGUAUCUGAGCUAUUCUGAUGUUCAUGUUGGUGAUGUAGUUCCAUGUGUAGUAGACGGAGUCAAAAAUGGUGGCAUAGCAAUCAAAGUUGGAAUGCUAAGCGCCUUUGUACCUGCUGCUCACUCUGCCGAUGUGCCUUUGAUUCAUCCUGCCAGAAAGUUCCAAGAAGGUGCCAAAAUUACUGGAAGGGUUUUAAAAAUAGACACUGAAAAAAACAGACUGAUUGUCACAUUUAAGCAAUCCUUGGUCACAAGUGAUGAUCCCAUUAUUGUGUCAUAUCAAAGUGCUCGUGUUGGUUUGUGCUAUCAGGGCACUGUAGUGGCAAUUGGUGAGAAAGGUGUGUUUGUUUCCUUCUUUGGAAAUGUGAAAGGGUUCUUGCAGAAGACUCUCGAAUUUGUCCCUGCUGAUCACUCAUUCUUCAUCGGACAGCUGAUCAAAUGUUAUGUUGUGAAACGUAAUGACUAUCAGUUGAGAUUGUCAAUGGUGGCUCCUAAUCUGUUCGUGCCUAAUCAGCAAGCUUGUAAAAAUGUGAAAAUAGGACAGAUGUAUGCAUUACAAGUUUACUCUGUUACUAACAAAGGACUGAGUGUUAAAGUACUUGACCAGGGUGAUUCAUUCAAUGCAUCUGGAGUUAUUCCUGUCUACCAUCUAAGUGAUGACAUUCAAAUGGCCCAAUUACUUUUGAAUACCUUUGAGGUCGGAACAGUUUUAACAAAUACUUGGUGCUUUAGUGAUGCAGGCUUGAAGCGGCCUGCUAUUUUCUCUAUGCGUUCCUCUGUCUCUCAAUUUUUCAAGACUGUUCGUGGCCAGAUAGCUUCCAAGAAGACCAUUGAAGCUGUGGCCCCUGAUUUUGUGUUACCUUGCUCUAUACGUAAGGUAGAUUCCAACUUCUUGUUACUUGAAGUACCUUUGUCUUCAGUAAGGAGUUUGAUCAGAGUAAACAGCUCAAAUGUGUGUGAUAAAAAUGAAACUAUUGCUAGUUUGGGAUAUGUUGAAGGGCAGGCCAUCCGAGCUAAAGUACUCAAAGUGCUUGAUAAGUCACUUGUCUUAGAUUGCCGGAAAAAAUCUGUCUUCAAGAAUGACUUGGAGACCUGCAUUAUGGAUUUGUCAAAGCACCUUUCUGAUCAGCAGCGAUUGCUUGCUCAUGCCAAGAGAAUCGGAGACCCUCUAGGCUCUUUCCAUAUUGGAAAGGGAGUCACUGGUACAGUAUCUGAACGGACCGAGUGGGGCUUUGUCUUGCAUUUGGACAAUGGAGCUCGUGGAGAAACGACCUUCUACAAUGCUCACUGCGAUGAUCUUGUUAUUGGUUCACGGUUUCAAGGGAAAGUCCUCCAUGUUGACUGUGUUCGAGGGCAUGUGGAAGUCAUUCUUCGUAAAGAUAUCGGGUCUACUUUAAAACCAUACAGUGAAAAGAACAAGCCAUCUUUAGAUCCAAAUGUUCAGCUACGAGGUCCAACUCUCCUUGCAACACCGGAAUUCAUACUUGUACAGCUCAAAGGAGCAGGCAAGUUAAAUCUUGCCUACAUUCCUACCUUUCUCUAUCCUCAAAGUUUACAACUAACUGUACCUGAACCAUUUUUUGGUCUUGAUCGAAAAGUCAUAAUUAAAAGAUCCACUGGCAGGAUCAUUUUGUGCUUGCCCAAGGAAGUAGUUAAAUUUUAUUCCAGAAAGAAACCUGUAGGAAGGAAGGGAAAGAAUGCAAAGAAAGAAAAUACAGUAAAGAAAGAAAAGAAUCAUCAAGAUCGUUACUUCACGUUGGACAAAGAGAUAAAGCAAGAGGAGGAGACGGAGGAGGAGGACGAGGAGGAAGAAGAAAAAGUGACUCAAAGAAUUUGGAAUACAGAAAAUGACAGCAAAAUUAUUGACAUAGAUGAAGAUGAAAUCAGUGAUGAUGAAUCUGCUCCCUUGACUGAAGAGGAGCCAGACAGUGAUAUGGAGUUACAAGCUUCUGAGGAGCAGACAUUGCCAGGUGAUGAAAAGGAAAAUUUGAAUGGAAGUGAUGUAUUGAAGGCAAGGAAGAGGAAAUCAUUAUCUGGUUCUGUGGAAGAAAUAGAACCAGUAUCAUCAUCUAAAAAGACCAAAAAGGAGAAAGAGAAAGUAGAUGCUGACUCUUCAAAGACAAAAAAUAAGAGAAAAGGCAGUGAUGAUAUGAGCAACAGUAACUCAGAUGGUAUCAAAAGGAAGAAAAAUGAUGACAAAGAGGAGGAACAAGUAGUCGAUCUGGCCUCUGAUAGUGAGGAUGAUUCCUCUCAACAAACACAGCAAACUCUAAAAAAUCCUGGAUUUAUCUGGGAUAUUGAUCCUGCUAAGUUUAUGCAGGUUUUGGAACCUGGUAAACAAGAUUCAAGCAGUGAUGAGGAGGAGAGUGAUGAUGAAAAGUCAAAGAAAAAGAAAAGGAAAAAAUCAGCUGUUGAGCGUCGCGAGGCCGCACGUCUUGAAGAAGAAAGACUGCAGAAAAUUGAAAAAGAACUAUUGGACCCAAAUCGCCAAUUAACUUCAUGUGACGAUUUUGACCGAAUGGUCUUAGCAAACCCUGAUAGCUCUGCUGUUUGGUUACAAUAUAUGGCAUUCCAUUUACAGGCUACUGAAAUUGAAAAAGCCCGGGCUGUUGCUCAAAGAGCUAUCAAGUCAAUAUCCUACAGAGAAGAACAGGAGAAAUUAAAUAUUUGGUUGGGCUUACUUAACUUAGAAAAUCUGUAUGGGACAGCCGAAAGCCUUAAAACAGUCUUAGAUGAAGCAUUGCAACUGAAUGAUGCUUAUAAGAUACGUCUACACAUGGUAAGAUUGUAUGCUGAAAGCUCCAAAAAUAAAGAGCUAGACAGUGAAGUUCGUCUUGUAGUAAAAAAGUUCAAAGAAAAUCGAGGCAUGUGGCAAGAUCUUGGAGGCAUUCUCAUGAGUCAGGGUUAUCCUGAAAAAGCCAGGUCUAUUCUGCAACAGGCUCUCCAGAUUCUGAAGAAUAAAAAAGACUCUGUUGAUCUAAUUGUGCAUUUUGCACUGUUAGAAGCCCGCAAUAACCAUCUUGAACAAGCAAAGGCACUGAUGGACCCAAUUUUAGCUUCCUACCCAAAAAGGACCGAUGUCUGGUGCACAUAUUGUGACAUGCUUGUCAAAGCAAAUCAAAUUAAUGAAGCUAGAGAGCUGCUGGGAAGGUCAGUGAGUCAGAAGUUGCCAGCAAAGAAAAUGAAAACAUUAUUCACUAAAUUUCUGCAAUUUGAAACUGCCCAUGGCUCUAAGGAAGGUCAAGACAAGGUCCGGCUUAUGGCUACAGAGUAUGUUAAAAAUGCAGCUGGAGAUGACUGA